ACAUCAACCAAAGAGGAGAGGAUAUAAUGGAUCUAUUGCUGACUACAGAUCUAAGUAUACUGAACAGAGGUAGUGAACCUACUUUUGUUAUCAGGAACAAGCAAGAAGUCAUUGAUCUGUCAGUUUGUUCAAAAGGGUUACUUCAAAAGAUAAAAGGGUGGAAAGUGUCCUCCGAACCUUCUCUUUCUGAUCAUAGGCACUUACGAUUCACUUUGGAAAUUAACAAAGUUGAGACGGAGUACUAUAGGAACCCGAAAAGAACAAACUGGGACAAAUACAGGGCAGAUCUCUCUCGUGACCUGAAUAACCUACAGUUUAGAUUGGGGUCGAGACAGAGUACUGAAAGGGCUGUAAAUAUGCUACAGGACUUCAUUGUCUGGGCUUACAAAGAAAACUGUCCUUUAAUAGAAAGGAAAGGUACAGGGCAGGGUGUAGCUUGGUGGAAUGCUAACCUGUCUAAAUUAAGAAAGAGUUCACGUAAGCUCUUAAAUAAAGCAAUGAAACCAGGUUUGGAACAACACUGGGAAUCCUAUAAGGAUACCCAAAGGAACUACAAUUCUGCAUUGAAAAAAUUCAAAAGAGAAAGCUGGAAGAAGUUCUGUGGGGAUAUACAAAAACUCCUUAUAGCAAUUAGACUUCUGCGAUCACUAAGGAAUGGACCAAACAAAACUGUCGAGGCAAUACUACUGCCAGACGGAAUGUUCACCAAUAACGAUAAUGAAACAUUAUCAUAUUUGAUGAACACACAUUUUCCUGACUCUGCAAUUAACUACAGAGAACAGGAACAUGAUGCACAGGACAAACGUGUGAUCUGUGCUGAAUGGAGACUAACCAGGAAAGUGAUAACACCAAGUGGAAAAAGAUGGGCAAUAAAAGCCUUUGGCAGUUUUAAAGCUGCAGGCUGUGACGAAAUAUUCCUUCAUCGGAAUAUUAAUUAAUCUAGCAAUGACUUCAACUAGAUACAAUUUGUGAACUUUUGACGAAUCGUUGAAAGAAAUCGGUUCAAUAAGAGCUGAGAAAAUGUAGUGACAGACACAAAAAAAAACAAAUUAUGGUAAAAUUAAUAUCUUGUCAACUUUGCAUCAAAGCUAAAAUAGCGUCAUUCCAUUCAAAAUAUACCUGUAAUGUGCAAAAUAUAAGAGAAUAAGAUGUGAGGGAUAGCAGGACAAGUUGACGCAUAAGGGAAGAUUAUCUUAUUGGAUUUAAAAAUAUAGUAAUGUUUGUGAACUUUUUAUGAAAUAUUUUUAAAUAUUUGAA